AUGUCGGCGAUUGACGCGCUGACCUCCGACGUUCAUGCGAUCAUAGAAUUCCCCAAGCUCACACCUCCACCACAGCAACAUACCAUGGCCGACGACACGAGACAAGAUCCCACAGCCACACCCGACGCAACACCAGCCGGUGACCCCAAAGUGCGCCAUGCGGGCAAGCGGUACGAGAGCUUUGUACCUGGCGCCUCGGGUGACAACCCCAACGUCAUGCCCGGCGGGACGCAGCACACGGCCGGCGGCGAGAAAAUUGGGGAGGUAAACCUCUCGGCAGGAUUGAAAACCAUCCAGCCCAAAGACUUUCUCGAAAUCCACAAGUAUCCCUGCGUUAGGGAGGCUCUGUUAACGAGCAUUGGCACCGGCUUCGGCACGGGAGGCCUGAUGGCCAUUUGGGGCAAACCUGUUGCCAAAUCAUGCAAUUGGGCGGCCGGCGUUUUCAUCUUCACCUCCAUGGCAUCGUACGAAUUUUGCAAGCAAAAGCGCAAACUAGAGGCCGAAGGCAUGUCCAGGGCGGUCGAAAUCAUGGACAGAAAGCGAGAAGAAAAGCGGACAAAGAGGCAAGAAAUCAUUGCAGCACGGCGGAAGGCCAAGGAAGAGAGCGACAGGCUGGAAGAAGAACGCAUGAAGGCUGCGCAAAAGCCAUGGUGGAAGGUUUGGUAA